CAAAGGGCGACAAGCGAAUUAGGAGCGGCUCCUUCAUCUCCGUAUUUGAGAGAACGUAAUUGCCGUCUUGAUUUACGUAGCUGAGUUCGGAAGCAAAAGUCCUAAAAGAAAACGCUGGAAAUUGCUUAUCGGACAUUCCAUCAUCUCGUCCAUCAUCCCCUCAACACUUUCCAAUAUUCAAAGAUGACAUCCUUCAAGCUUUUCAGUGCUGUCUUGACGAUCGCAAGUUAUUUGGCCAGCUCUAGUGCUUUCCCAACAACUUUACAGCCAAGAUCCGAUUAUGGCCUGGGCCAAUGCAUUCUCAAUACCAUUCCAGUGUCAUCCUUGCCUAAAGCUAUCGAGUCUGUCUCUCAAAAUGUAUUCGCAUCAUCCAACGGAGGCAAUGGAGGUGGUAAACCGUAUGCAGGCUACUUUUUCAUCUUUUUCAAAGAUGAUACCGAACAAGUCAAUGCGGGCUUGAGUAUCGGCAACAAUGCGCUCAACUACACGUUGUACAACGGUGGCGAAAAACCUAUCUUGACGUCCAACGUUGGCUCAAAGCAUACUCGUGAUCCUUACUUGGUUCGUGCACCUGAUCACAGCAAGAAUUGGAUCAUUGCAACGGAUAACAGUCUUCGUGCAAAAGAUAUUGAUGCAGUUCGAAAUGCAAGUAGAAAGAUUACAAUUUAUGAAAGUCAAGGUGCAUCAUUGACAAAAUGGAAUCCUGCCCGUCUUUCACCUGAUUUGGCUGGUUCUUGGUCUGGUGGCGUUUCAGCUCCAGAAGCAUAUUGGUUGGAAGAUAAAAAGACAUUUAUGGUCAUCUUUGGCAGUAAUUCUUUCAACGCUUCUGACGUUGAUCACAAAGGCGAACCGGGCAAAUCGGAAAUCUAUUACACAUUAACAACCGAUUUCCAAACAUUCACCGAAGCAAAACCUUACUACGUCAUCCCUGAUGGUGGCUUGACGGAUAUGACGAUUGCUUCUUUGGGCAAGCAAGGUUCGUAUGUUCGUUUCUUCCGUGAUGAUACAAAUGGAGCUUUGAAAGUUCGUGGUCAAAUUACUUCGGACGGCGUCUUUGGCACAUGGAAAGAUAUUGGAAACAGUACAUCUUACGUUUCGGACAACAAUGAUGCCAAUGGCGGUCCUUUGAUCUUUAAGGACAACCUCGAUCAUGAUUUAUGGCACAUUUGGAUUGAUUAUUUCACCGGUGGUUAUAAACCAUUUGAAACUGAAGAUAUCACAAAGAGCUCUUAUAAGGUAUCCGACGCACCUUCUUUCCCCAAAGAUCUCAAGCAAGGUGCAGUCAUUCCAGUUACGUGCGCCGAGUACAAUGAACUCAUCCAUGCUUGGUAGGCAGCAGCGUUGCUCAGCUCCAUCCCACUUUAUAUAUGAGUACAUUCGCAUUCCAUUAAUGCUAUCAUGACUGAACAGUAUGAAAGACGGUAUAAAAAG